AUGAAUAGGGAUUCGCGACUCAGGCCCCCAAGUGGCGCUGGUCUGACAACUCCAGUCAAGUCAGUGUGCAUCAAAGAAAUUUCUGCGCGGACGAGGCACAAGAUGCUAGCGGCAGACUGGCCCGUGCUAAGUCCAUCUAGUAGUAGUUCCCAUGAUAACUGCAGGAAAUACUAUGUAAUUUAUCCAGGAUGCAAGUGUGCAUCCAUUGGGUUCUCCUUGGUCGUCUACCUGCACUCGUAUACUGAUAUCGGUGCAUGCAAUGUACUCGUACAUGUGCUUCGUGUGAUUGUAAUCAAGAGGCGCUGGCUAGGAGGCUAG